AUGUGUCUGGUCCACAGGGGGGAUUAUAGUUUUACUAUUUUUUUUGCCUCCCAAUUUCACUAUAAGGGCCUGACACAGUGUUAGAAGGGGAGAAGCAGAAGAGCAGCGGAGCCCGAACAAUCACAGUGUGCUGUGUGUCAAUAUCAUGUGAUUACCAUUGCUUUUGUUUUAUUGGGCUUUCUUUGAGAGAUGGAUGGAGUGAUGAGGAUGGAGAGACAAAAGUUUCCUUUCACCAUAGAGAACAUAUUGAGCAAUUAUCCGGACGGUAAUGGUGACAGGUGGACGUGUGGGACGAGUGGUGCUGGGGAGAAAGAGAGGGCAGUGAGUCCUGCUGGGGAACAGACAGAGACUGUUGUUCAUCACGCCUGUGUGUGCUGCUGCUACUGCUCCCACUGUGGAGACAUAUUCAGAGCUGAUUUCAUCCAUGAAGAUUACCUGCCUGCCGCCUGUCAGUAUGGAUGGCCCCCGGCGAUGCUCUCCAACCCCUGCAGGCUGGGAGAGGCUCUUAGAGAGGAGCAGCUGCCCGGUCAGGUGCACAGGAGGACCAGGCGUCACCGCACGAUUUUCACCGAGGAUCAGCUGGAUGCACUGGAGGAGCUGUUCCUGCAGAACCAGUAUCCAGACGUGAACACGAGGGAGAAAUUAGCUCUGCACACUCACUUGAGAGAGGAGAGAGUAGAGGUUUGGUUUAAAAACCGAAGAGCAAAGUGGAGGCGUCAGAAAAGACUGUCGUUUGCUGUGGGAAAUGCAGAAAACUAA